AUGAAUAAUAAUAUUGAAUAAAAGUCUUAAAUUUAAAUUCUCUAGUUUUUUGAGUAUUAAAAUUCAGUUCAAAAUGAGAUUGAAAAAUCUAAGAAAAUCUUGUAAACUUUAUUAGAUUAAAAAAAGAAAAUGUAUAAUGAUAAAAUCCUAUAACAAAAAGAGAUUCAAAUGUAACAAUAAAAAUAAAUUGAUUAAUACAAAAAAGUAGUUGAGGAAUAGUAAUAAAAGUUAAAAUCUAAAGGAAAUAAAGAGAAUAUUUAAGUCUAAAUUAAUUAACUUAUUUCAUAUCAAUAAGAAUAAAACUAAAAGAUUGAGUCUCUUAUUGAAUAAUCUUGUAAUGAGAAUUCAAAUUACAUAAAAUUAUAAGAGAAACUCAUUAGUAUUUAAUAUUUAUAACUAUUUAUUAGAAUGUUAAAAUGAUAUCAAUUAACUAAAAGAGGAAAGAGAAAUGAAGGAAAAAUUGAUAAUAUAAUUAUAACAAAUUACUGGAGUGUACUUGGAAUAUGAUUAUCAUUAAAAGAUUCUUGAUAUCUAAUUGGAACACAAUUAGAAUGUUCAUAUUUAAAUCAAACUUGAAGAUAAAUUAAGAAGUAAAUAAUUUGAAUUCUACAAUAUAUAGUUCAUACCAUAAAUCCUAAGAAUGAACAUUUCUAUUAAUUAAUUAAGGAAUUCAAUUAAGAUAAUUAAUUGGAUAAACUCAUAUAAAAGAUUUAGUUAUUUAAUUGA